GCCAAGCGUUCAAGGUCGUGGAGGCAAACUUGACACAGACCCUUUACGAGGUUUAGUGUAUCAGUAAUUCCUAUUUCCCUUAUGCACUGCACAGUCUUGUUGACUUGGAAUGGUUGACAGCAGUAUUUUUGAUGAAAUACCUGAAGAAAUAAGCACUCAGUUAGUUUCUUUUUCAGAAGCUACUGAUGAUGUUGAACAGCUUGUAAACAAAAUUAGCAACUUUUCAAAUGAUUCUAGUACUGAGAUUAGUGAUUUGGAUACCAUCAAAACUGAUCUGUCGUUAUGCUACGCCUUCAAUGCUUUGUUUUUCAUGUAUCUCAGGUGCAAUGGUGUAGAAACUCAAAGCCAUCCUAUUAUGCAGGAAUUGGAUCGUGUAAUGAAUGCGUUGAAAAGGUGCAGAUCACUAGUCGAAAAAGAAGGCUCUGCACGUUUGAAAUUGGACAAAGAAGCUACAACAAGAUUUGUAAAACAUGCCUUAUGGAAAUCUGCUCAUACUAAAACUAAGAAACGUCGCAUGGAUUCAUCUAGUUAGUAUUGGUGAUGAUAAUAAUUCUUGAUUGAGAAGACCUUUAUUUUAUUUCGUUUUGUAUGUAUAAAAACGAAUUAGCAGUCAAAUGUAAACUUAUACUUUUCCAGAUGUUUUUUCUCGUUUGAAUAAAUUUAUUGUAC